GUUGCGAUCAAAAAAAAAAAAAAAAAAACGAAAACAAUUCGUGUGCGCUUUUCUCUCCUCCAUUUCUCUAUUUUUCCAUUCUCGACUGUCUUCUCUUUUCGCGUGUGUGGACUUCUCUCCCCUUCUCUUUCUCUCAAACUAUGCAGCAAUCUGUCGUUGUACAGCAAUAGCCAUGAAGGUCAAAGUCGUAGGCUGCCACAGCAGGAGCCACGUAAUCGGACGUUGCUGCCGGAGUCGAGUAGAGUGGCAGCAGAAGCUGCGGAAUCAAUAAGCGGAAGGAUCUCUCUACUACGCCUCUAAUUCCAUCCGCGGAGUGCAACAACAGCGAACGAAGCCCCGGCAGAGCAGAGCCCGCAUGAAUUGGCAUAGAAAAGAAUAAACAAAGCCGAAGCGUCAAAGCAAGAAAAAAAUAAAUAAAUAAAUAAAAAUAAAAAAGCGGCGCGCGAAACGAUUCAGAUUGAAAAAGCUGGGUCGCAAGCGGGCCCGAGGGGGGCGGGAAGUGCUGCUCUGCCGUGAAGGAGAUAAAAAGAGCCUCGUGACGGAGGGCCUUCGCACGGCCCUGGCGCGGCUGCGGCACGGCACCCCUUCCGGGGGCUCCCUGCCGAACACACCUAAUCCAUCUUCGACGCCCGAGCACAAGGCGCACGGAUGCUCGGAGCAGCGUGGUUCGGCGGGCAGGAGUUCGGCGGCGUGGGUUAGCCAUUCAGCAGCUGCCGGUACCACGGCAGCUGGCACAUCGGGACGUCACCACAACGGGGAUCAUGGUUCGCGCGGUGAAAGUGAUCUACUCGCACACGCCGCAUCGGCGCUACGUCGCUUCCAUUUCAAGUCGGUUAGCCGUACCGUGCCCAAACUAGUCAUCAUGGGCUCCAGUACUGCAUCCGAAAACACUAUCAAUACCAGCACUGACAGUGCCAAUACUAUGGUCACGAUGGUAACCACAACGGACGGUGAGCCACACGAUGAUAGCUUGGAUCUGAUGGACAUACCACCGGAGCUUUCGCCGCCACCUGUGAACGACGUCGUCGCACCAGCACCAGUUCACAAUAAUGGUAUAGUCGUCGCGAAUUCGACUAUUGUUACUACUAGCAUGAAUGGAGUAACAGCGCCAGUUACCGUUGUCGUCACAUCCACGUCGCCACAACUACAACAGCAGACCAUCGUUAAGCCAUGCGAAAAUGGUCUUCCUGUCCAGUUGGUAAACGGAACUGCAAUGACCAAUGGACCAUCUACCAUAGUUCAAAAUGGGCAUGGUGUUGCAAAAAUAGUGCCAACGUUGUCUUCGGCGAACUCGGGUGCAGAUAGUCCCGGUGCGCCUCCACCAACACCAAUGGUGGGUUCGCAGCAGGAGUCAAGGUUUACCUUUACCUCUGAACAACGUGCCAGAAUACCAGCGUUACCUGAUCUCAAGGCUCUCGACUUCUUCAGCCAACCGGUACGAGGCUCAGUGGACGCAGGCCAACCAGCGGACGCUCAGCAGAUAAGCUCGAUGUUGGCACUAGUGGCGGCCAAGGACAAGUUGAGAAACGGCUCGGUUUCGCCGCCAUCGUCGGCAGUCACGACAACCAACUUUGGCGCUGCGACGAACGAUCAUAAUCAUCAUAAUCAAUCGAUAACGAACGGCGUCGCCGUGACGAACGGCGAGAAAAGUCCCGUGAGCGAGCAGUUGAAGAAAAGCCCGACCAAGCCAAACAUCAACGUGACCACGAAUCCGCUCGACAUCUCGUUGUGCACUACACAAAUCGCACAAAAUAACAAUGCUGGCACUGGAGCACGAAGCAGAAAUGCAGAAUCUCAUCCCCUCGUAUCGACCAUUCAUUCAUGGGUCAGGCUCUUUUUCCCGUUUUGCGCAAUAGGCGGGAAUCCCACCACUGGAAAAAGGACUGCCCAAGCGACCAUUGUUGUUCAACAACCUUCACUGUCAUUGGACGGCGGCCCUGCUGCUACGAUUUUGUUGAGGCCUACCGAUGCCGAGGCCAUGAGGAGGGAAGAGAACAUGAGGCAAUUGUUAGAUGUGGCUAAUACAUUGACUAUGCAAGAGAUACAUGAUUUUGAAAUGAGAUAUGGUAGCCCGCACCACAGUCGUUCGCAAUCGGUAAGGACACCAGGUUCACGAGCGUCUGGUCGUCCUAAUUACUUGUGCCUGCCGCAACAACGUUCCCGAGUUGCUUCAAUGCCGAAUACUGGAGUCGAGGAGGAAUACUAUCGACUACGCCACUUCAGUAUCACUGGUAAAGGGGUGGUCAAUCGUGGCGAUUCACUCAAAAGCCGACGAUCCAGAUCCAACAAUAGCGUCGCCUCCAGCAACUCGAGUACCGAGCACUUGACCGCCUCGUAUCCCGGCACAGCGCGUAACUCGGCCACCGGCUCACUAGCCAGCUCGAGAGAAAGCAGUGCCUCCCAGGGACCAGCACCAUACCGCGUUCUCAUGGUUGGAUCUGCGGCUGUUGGCAAAAGUUCCCUCGUGUCGCAGUUCAUGACCUCUGAGUACCUACAUGCCUACGAUACGUCUAUUGACGAUGAGUCCGGCGAGAAAUCGGUGAGCGUGCUGCUAGCCGGCGAGGAAUCCGAAUUGACUUUCAUCGACCAUCCUUGCUCCGAGAUGACGGCGGAGAAUUGUAUAGCAUCGUACGAGCCACACGGUUACUGUGUGGUUUACUCCAUCACUGAUCGCCACUCGGUGCGCAUUGCCGAGGAAUGCCUCUUGUCACUUUGGCGGAGCGACCAUAUACCUGCCAGAGCAAUCAUUCUUGUUGGGAACAAGGUAGAUCUGGCUCGUAGUCGUCUUGUUUCUACCGAGGAGGGUAAGAACUUAGCAGUGACCUACGACUGCAAGUUCAUCGAGACAUCCGUAGGAAUAAAUCACAACGUGGACGAGCUAUUGGUGGGUUUGCUCACUCAAAUCCGUCUAAAAUUAGAAAAUCCCGAGCGCAGUCGCGACCUAUUCAGACGACGCUCGCGACGCAACCGAAGUCGCUCGCCAUUGGGCUCGUGCUCGGAGACCAACUCGCCCAAGAAGUAUCGCGGCAGCCGUACCAGUGCUAGCCUCAAGGUGCGCAAUUUACUUGGCAAAGUAUGGGCCCGCGACAGCAAGUCCAAAAGCUGCGAAAACUUGCAUGUACUCUAAAGUACAUUAACACACAGCAUACACAUUCACACACAGACAUACAUCUCCAAGACUGACUGCGCGAUUAUAUGUAUGAGUGAGUUUUAGACCACCACGCGGUACGUGGAAUCGAUCCUGCGUGUAUAUAUAAUGCGUGUGUGAUGUAAGUAGAUUUUGUUUUAGAGAAACGAGCAUACGUAUAGUUAGAUUUUUUUCCAGAGUUAUACGAUAUAUUUUUUAUGGCAUCUUUGCGCGCUGGAAAAUGCUAGUUGUUUAAUGUUUGGGCAGUGGUUUCGUCAUGAGAAAGUAAAUUUAAAGCCUUUAAUAUGCGAUACACACUUUGUCUAGACGAUAUUACAACUGUUGCAGAGACGAGAGAUACAAAGUUCGAAAUGUAAUUGAUGUACAAAACUAGUAUUGAAAGAGAUAUAUUCUAUUCUAGACGCGGAGGAUUCAACAAGUUCGAGUAAAAAAAGUGAGAUAGUGACGUAUAGAGAUAAAGAUAAUAGUACAUAAGGAAAUGAUAUGCGGGCGUAUUUGCCUUGGGUUGUUACCAUAAACCUUCUUCAAAACGUGUUUAUUGUAAAACCAAAAGAAAAUAUUUUACGUUCGAUACCGAUAAACGUGUAUUCCUAAUUAGUUUUAUCAUGCAUAAAACCUACAUAGUAGUAUAUAGUCAUUGAACUAUCGUUCAAAAUACAUAGAAAAUCUACGAUCUAUCUUUCGGAAUUCUCUGAAAUGUAAAGAACAAACAUUCAUUCGUUACAUUAGACGCACAAAACCCUAUUAUAACUUGAUACAAACAUUAUUUUUUCUACGUCAUAUAUAUCUUUAUACUGUAAUUUCACUCUGUAUUCGCAGAAUAUCCAUAUUUUUCUAUACACUGUGAACAAACCUCAAGCCAGAAAGUAUCACUGACAAAGCCAUAUAGACACGCAACAGAGAUUCGAAAGUUUUCCGAAUCCCUUGAAAGUAUAUAAACGCAGAAUCGAUUCCAAUUCGCUUGUCGUCGAUAUUUUACGCACGACAAACAACAACCAAAAUGAUAUGUAGGUAUAUGUAUAGACAGUGCGCAUGCUUGCCUCGUCUGAAGAAAAAAUCAGAGUAUGGAGUGUCGUUAAAUUUUAAUCGGUGUGCAAGUGUGCGCGAACGAUAAAUGCAAAAAUCGCUGCCACGUAUAGCGGAAAGAAACUGUUUUAGUUCCAAGUUUUCAAUGCAGGGCUAUAGUUGGUUUUUUUUCACGAGAAAAUUACCUUGCUCGCUACACUACAUGGCAGAUCUUUUUUCUCGACCUUGACUCGUUGCACGGACGUAUAUAUACGAUAUUUUCUUUUAGUUCUUAUUAUUCUUUCGUUCCUGUGUGCGGCACCGUACAGGUUCCUUUCAUCUUUAGGAUGAUGCGUUAUCAAAGCAUAAAAAAGUUUCACGCUUGUAUUUCGCUUUAGUUUUUCAAACGCCUCCGAUACUUAGUACAAUAUUCUUUGAAAAAUCAUUUACAUUGUUUGACAAAUUGUCUCACCAUCAUAGUUUUUGUUUUGAGGCAAAACAAAAAAUAAAAAAUCAAAAAAAAACUGUUGCCAGUAAAAGUAAAGUGUGAUGAUGCUAGAUGCUAGAAAACGUUGUCAAGGAAAUUGCUAUUUAAGUAAAUAUGUUGAAGUUGCUUGAUUCUUUGCACUUCCGAUACGUAUAUACGCUCGAAAAGUAUAAAGUAUAUUAUAGGUGCUACUAUAGUUACAAUAGAAUUAUAUUUAUUCAUGUGUGUAAGAGCGAGUGAAGCAAAAAGUGCCAUAUGAUUGCACUCGAUUAGAUUAUAAAACUUGGCGAGUAAAAUUCCUUGUGUGCUUUUUUUUAAUGAAAAACAAACCAUAUAGAACGUUCAUCGUAAUUUUAGUGGAACUUCCUUCGAAACUCUCUUUGUCAUUGUAAAAUAUAGAAGAUAGAUUUAAAAUCAAGACAUACAUAUAUGCGUGAGAUUUAUGACGAAAUUAUUUGAAGAAAGAAAAAGAAGUUUGUCAAAAAAUAAAUUAAAAACAUUUUUCAAGAAAUUAAAACGAUGACCAUGUAUGAAUUUACACAAUUUUUUACAUUACGAUUUUAUACGUUGAAUUAAAAGUUAUAAUACAAUUAAAAAAAAAGAAAAUCAAGCCCGUGGUAAAAGUUACGCGAGAGGCUAAGAAAAAAAAUAUAUAUAAUAUAUUAUAAAUUGAACAAAGCGACUUAAUCAAGCGUAUUUGUUUAAUAAAAUAAAUAAGCAUGUGAAUAACGUUUGAAGAAAACUUUGACCAUUAAGAACAAAGAUAAUUUUAGCCAAUACGAUAUAAUACAUUUCACGUAAUAUUCAAACGUAAAAUGAUAUUUAUUUACUUUGUUUCAUUUUAAAAAGAAAAAAUUAUUUAUUGAUUUCUUCUCGUUAAAAUUAGAGGAGAAUACAUAUCAUCAAUUUUGAUUAUGACGAAAAAAGAAAUUAUUAAUAAUACAUUUGAAAGCUACAAAUCUUUACUGGAUUUUUUUGUCGCUUUGAUCGGAGAAAACGAAAUGUUCAUUAAAUGAUAGGAGACAGUUUUAGUAAUAGAAAAAUGUCGAUGUACUGUACUCGUGUUAGCUUUGUCACACAUCCACCCAAUGGAAUAAAAGUCAUGUAAAAUUUAUUCCAGCGACGAGCGAUGGAUUAAUUUUUUGCAUGUGUAAUUUUCGAAUAUAAUAUUGCGAUAUGAUUACUAGAUUGACGCGGGCUUACAGCUGAAUCGUCGAUUUUCCGAGUUGAGUUCUAUUGUAAAUACAAUAUAUUAAGAUUGGCAAUGUCAUUUUUUGAUACGAAUACUAAAUUAUAAUAAUAAUAUACUGAAAAAUGAAACUUCGAAUUACGUAUAUUAUUCUUUUAUAUUGAAAAAAAUGUUACUACUUUUUAAUGUUGGAAAAUCUUGAAAAAAAGAAGAAAAUCAAAAUAAAAUUAGAUACGAAAAACAAUGAAGCAAGAAUGGUCUACAAAUCAUUUGAUUGCUUGCAACGAUUUGAUCGAGCCUGAAUAUUCCAGUUUCCUUCUUAAGCGAUGUAAUGAAUCGGAAAAUAAGACGAUUCCUCGUUAUAUUUCCUGAAAGCCCAAGUACAACGUAGUUAAGAGUAAAAUGAAAAAAACGCGAAAGUAGAACUAAAAAAACGGGGCGCGAAUUGGUCAAGAGUUAUAAUUAUAUUAAACUCCUCCAUCAAAACGAUAUAAUAACAAGAUAAGAGCAAAUCCUAGAUGAAUAUACAUUAUUACUAUUACUAUUAUUAUUAUUAUUAUUAUUAUUAUUAUUAUUAUUAUUAUUAUUAUUAUUCCAAUCCGCUCACAUAAACACACACCCACACACACACAUACAUGCUCGAACGACUGGGUACGCGGUCCAUUAGCGAAUAAUUAUCGAAGGCGUUAGAGCCAAACGCUCUCGAUAAUUCCCCAUUGAAAUAUCGUUGAUGAAACAAGUAGGCCGAGGACGCUGGGGUUUCGUGCACCAAUACACAUAUGCAUAUAUUCGUUGCUGCGCGCACAAUUAAUCGAACGCCAAAGUGCUUAAUUUAACUUCUACGUUUAGUCGAAAAGCACUCCUCACCUAAAAUUAUUGAAUAAAUGAAUUUUUUUAUACAAGUGCUUUAUAAUAUUGCUGCAAGAAAAAUUGUGAAAUUCAAAUGCCGUGGCUCAUGGAAUUAUAUUUUCAUUGUGUGCAAUCGGUAUUAAACGAGGUAAAUUGCAUAGCGUACAUAAUUCAAUAUUUCGAUUACCAUUUCAGAAACCUUGGAAAAGCAUUACAUUAAUAAAAAUGUAAGGCUAUAUUAAUGAAAGAAGAUUAUAUUAUCGGACUCGCUGAGCGAAGAAUUGCACUCUGCAUUCGAACGGCGAGCAUUUGAAUAAUCAAACUAAUGUUUCCAUGAAAUUUUACCAUUGGAAAACCGGUACGCAAAAUUUGAAUGUUUAAUGCACAAGUCGCCGCAAAUAAAUAACUCUUUAUCUUACCUGAAACUCAUACUUUACAUGGUAGAAAUAAAUAUUUUUGCGUGGACCGUCUUAUCCUUUUUUAAAGUGGUGAAAAAAAGUAUGUACUUUUAACUAAGUUUAUUGCAAAUCAAGAGAUAUAGAUAAAAGUUUACCCUUUCAAACUAAAGCUGUUGUUUGUCGGUAUUCAAAAACGCUCGACCUACAUUCUUUUUUUCGCAAAAGAGAAACAUUAAACUUUUUAUUGACCUCGAAAGAUCACAGGUAACAUUUUCUCUUUCCUUUAUAGCGUUAUCAUAUUGUCGACACAAUGCUACGCGUGAAAACAAAAGGUAAAAAUUGUUAGUGUCGCGAAACGACCUGUGAGCUACACGCUAUAGGUGUAGGUGUACCGCCGUUACCUAGCAGCAGCGGCUCGCAAAAGUGCGGUCACGUACACUUCUUAUCGCCGCAGCAGCUGACUUUGGUUUAAUACUGUGACCGACGCUCCUACUGUUACUAAUGGUUUUCCUAUGACGAAACUUUUGUUUCAUGUGUCACAAAAUAGAUCUGUAAUUCUGUAAAUUCAUACACAAUGAUUACUUUAUUCGCAUAUACAAUGGAUUAAAUUUAAAAUUCUCUUAGGUAAAUGGUUUUUAAUACGAUCGAAAACGUUAAUGGAUUAUUUAUAAAAAAGGUGAUAUAUAGUGAAAUGAAUUACAAAUGAAUAAUCAUGAAUUUAAUGACAGCUUUUGAAGCGUUAACUCUGCCAACGGCAUCAUUGGAGAAGCGCUCAAUGUCACAUCUCUCUUAUUUGUAAUUAAAAAUUUGACAAACGUCAGUUUAUCCGAAAAAGAAGAAAAACGUUUAUAAAUACCUGACAUUAUGAAAGGUCAAUUGCAUUUUGAUGAACGCGUAAUAAUACCAAAAUCGGGUUGAAUUUUAAAAUUCAAUACGUUAAAAAAUAUAACAAGAGCAUUCACGAGCUUUUUCUCACAGUCGAGAAAUAUAUACACACAUUAUCCUGCUUUAUUUUGCAUACAUUAUUACUUAUUUUGAAUACAUUACUAUUUAUUUUGAAUACAUGCAUGAACAUCACUACAAGCGUUUGCAAACAGUGAGCUAUACAGUUAUUGUUUUUCUUCGUGCACUUUAUCAAUAUAUUUAAUCUUCUCGUUAUUCAAAACAUUGCACUUGGAAUGAAAUAGAAAGAAGUGAUAAAUUGCUACAUUACAAAUUCUUAACUACUGAGUACUGAAAAAAUUACCUGCUGUUCAGAAAAAUAUUGAAAAUUUUUAACUAAAGUAUCAUUUCAAGAAAGUACUCUAUUAAAUUAAUAAUUCGAUACAUAAUGAAAGUAAUAUUAGUACAUGUGUAUAAAUUUAAAAGACUAAUCUAUUUAAUGAAAUUAAAUAAUACUUUAGCAUAAAUUAUCUUCAUACGAAUGUUUAUGUGCGGUCAAUCUAUAAACUUUGAAAUACCACAAGGGACCAAUGACUGUAAAGCUUAGCGCAUGGAUAUCUUUCUCAAUCAAAAGUUUGACAAUAUAUAUCAACCACUAGAUUAAUACUGAAAACAAUGACGAGGCAGCUAACAAUUAAAAAAAAAAUUUGACUCCGAAAAAAACAAUCGUGUUCAAUCCGGCUAGUAACGAUCCAGUGCUAACGAAUUUCCAGUCUCGUGCAGAUAAAAAUAACAAAGCCGACAUAUUCACACACUCACGCACAGACACACACACACACCUGCACACACAUACACACACAUACAUCUAUCCAUUGAAAAGAAAAAAAAGAUGCGAGCGGAGUGCCCAUAUUUAUUUUUUUUUGCCCUUGCGGAGACCAAUAUUGUAUAUUCCUAGUCGCACAGUCGCGCGAUUUUGUCGAGCAUUCGAUUUUAUUGCGGUACACGAAACGAAAAGUCAAGCUCUCAUCAAUUACGAACCAAGCGACGAAGCAGCAAUUGCUCUUGUUCUACUUUUUUUUUAUUCACGUUGUUGUUUUACCUUCUCGCUCCUUUUUUUCACGAGAGUGAAGUUCGAGAUUGGUUCUCUUCGCGUCUCGGAACAUUUAUAUCUCUACCCUUUUUCUCUCUAUCUCUUUCUAUCUAUCUCGCGCUGAUGUGAUCCCUUUUCGACGAAGUGACGCGCACACGUACUUAUAAAGUAAUUAAAAUCUGGUUUAGUUACAGUCACAAGGAAAUACCAAUUUUUAGAUUGCCGCGGAAAUGUACACAAAUCAUUGUGAUAAUGAUCAGGUGCACAAAAGUGAUUGUAUUAUCGUCUACGCUUCCUCAAGCGACUAACACUUCCCCUAUAUAUUUUAUGAAUUUGCAGGCAAAACAAAAAGUUUGAUUUAACAAAGACAACAAACAUUGCUCGUUGAACAAUCGUACGGUGUCGCUCGAAGAAGGGAUAGAUGAUUUUACUUGAAUGUUCAAUAAAUUACUCUGUCAAGUACUAAAACGAUAUAUAUUUUUAUAAGUAAAAACUGAUGAACGUCGUGUCAAAAAGGGAUAAACAAGGCGGAAAUUUCUUCUUCCCAUUAUUUACCAAUGGGAUUCUUAUAGCUGUAUUCAGAAAAACUAAUAAAAAGUUUUUCAUAAGUAUACAAGUGCAAGCUUCGACCAAUGCAACAGAUAUCUAUAGAGAGGCCGAAAAGAACAUAAUUUAAGAGAACGCAGGGUUGUUUUACCGAAAAAUGGGAAACCAUUGUUAAGAAUCACUUUCAAAUAUUUGAGAAUAUAACACUUAUUUAAAAAUUACGAAAUUCGCGAAACGAUGGACGUUAACAAAAUAGUGUCACAUAACGCGAUACGAAUAAUAGUGACUUUUCGGAAAAAAAACCUCUUCAUACGAAGUAAAAAUAAAAACAAUUUUUGAAUUAAUCGUUCGUUAGAGAAAAAAAAAUACAAUGGUGAGUGGAUCAAGUAGUUGAUAUACUUCAUAACCUUUAAAAAGAAGAAACCUUUCGGACAUUUACAGACGUGAAGCUGAAGAGAAGAACGUAAGAUGAGUGAAGUGAAAAAAAGGAAAUGAAAAACGCGAAGAAUAAAACAGAGCAUAGGUGUACUAGAGAGAAAAGUCGCUACAGACCUUUUCGUUUUUAUUUGCUUUUUUUGCAGCCGUUAUAUACGCAUACAUACACACGUAUAUGUGCCAUGCCGUCAUUUUCGUCGUUUAUACCCCUGGGAGAUUUUUCCACGAUGACCAACCCCUCAAAGGUGUAUAGAGUUGCUAGACGAAAGUAGCGAAAAAUGCGUCAAGAGAGUCGAGUCCGUUGUUUCAUCUUCUUUCUUUCUCUUUUUUGUUCCUUUUGUCGUCUUAUAUAUACGACAUGUACGCUGUAUUGUUGAAAAGUUUGAUUGAUAUGGUUCUCGUAAGAAUUAUUAGAUAUCGCUAUAGAAUUGAGUAUCUAUAUCUUUAUAGGUAAGUUUUUGUGAUACAUGCUUUUUUUACUCGAUUAUAAAAUAAGUUCAUUGGUAGUUGUAAUGUUAAACCAAAUUGCAUUGUGUUUUCUAUAUGUAACCUUGAAAUAAUUUUUUUUGAGGAAUUGAAAAGCCAUAUUCUAUGAAAGUAUCUCAUAGAAAUAUAAGAAAUCUGAACAAAUUGUUGAUUUUGGAGAAAAGAUCACACGCGUAUGAUGGUAUCUCGAUGGAUAAUCAAACUGCGCUACACUGUUGUAUUUGAAAUCGUAAACGCUGCGUUUCCUUUAUUAUUAAACGUUGUACUGUAUUGAAAAUGCUUAAAAAGCAUGCUUUCAACAGUUUUGCGUGUGCAUGUGUGUGCAUAAAUUCGGUAUGACUGCGCGAUUGAUAGUUGAUCAACUGUACGGAUACACGAAUGAGUAUACCAAGCAGACAAACUGUGAGAGACCAGUUGGAAUUAAUAAAUG